UAAACCCGGGUGACUGACAGAAGGGUAUAAAUUCUCCCUCCUGGUCAGGUAGUUUCCACGGCAACGACGACGACGACGACGACGACGACGACGAAGAAGAAGGCCAACCACCACCACCACCACCACCACCAAAAUGGCCACCCCCCUCUUCGGCCUCCUCCCCGCCGGCUACCCAGUCAUCACCACCCCGACACAAACCCCCUCCCCAACCAGCUUCAUCUACGCCUUCCCGCCGACCCGGCCCUUCUCCCACAUCGCCGUCUUCUUCCUCCCCGACGCGCCCCGGAACGACCAGACCGCGGCCGCCAUCUACCUCAUCACCCCGCCCUCGCCGGGCCAGGUGGAGCCCAACCACAAGUUCCUGGGCGGCAUCGGGCAGGGCAAGGACAGCGCCAUCUUCAAGCUGGGGCCGGCGGCAGCCGGAGGAGGGGACGGCAGCGGCGGGAACGUGGUGAUCGGGGUGUCGCUGGAGCCGGCCGAGUCGGUGGGGGCGCGGGUCAUGGAGCUCUCCGCUGCUGCUGCUGCUGCUGGUGCGUCGUCGGAGGGUUCGUCUUCUGCGCUGGUCCGGCAGCAGCAGCAGCAGCCGAGUACGUUGGUGCUGGCGCAGCGGAUUAUUAAGAACGCGUUCAACUUUUUGGCGGGGUUCAGUGGCACGGCGGGACAGGUGGAGGUGGUGCCGCUCAAGGCGUUUGAGGAGUGGUGGCGGAAGUUUGAGGGGAGGGUGAGGAGUGAUCCGGGGUUUCUGGAGAGGGAUGAUUGAGGGAGUGAAAGGUAAAGGGGUGGUGGGG